UGGUGGUGGGUGGGGCUGUGGCGGUCUCGGGUGGAGGUGGUGGUGGUGCGUGGUGUGCUGUUUCUCUCUGGCUCACACACACUCAGCAAGUCAGUUUUCUCCUCGCAUUCGUGAUGGAGGGGUGUAUCGUUGCUGUCUUGGGGGGCAGCGGGUUCGUGGGGCGUCAUGUGGUCGCCCAGCUCCUCGACGCUAAGCCCGCAGUCAAGGAGAUUCGAGUGCUUGAUAUUAGAACCUACAAGCCCGUGGCAGAGCCGCCGCCCGGAGCCGAGACGAGCGUGGUGUUCCAGCGCUGUGACAUCCUGGAGGAGGCGGAGCUGAAGGAGGCGCUGUCGGGGGUGAAGGCCGUGAUCAGCUGUGCCGCCGCCACCCCGGACUUCAAGAAGGAGGACCUCGGGUACAACCAGCGAGGGAAGAGAGUCAAUAUUGAAGGCGUGAAGAACCUGGUGUCUGCGUGCCAUGCCGUCGGGGUGCGCGUGCUCGUCUACACCAGCACCGCCGACGUAGUGAUGGGCGGCGCCAGGCUGCUGGACCACACCGAGCCGCUCACGCCUGAGGUCAAGGAUUCUCAGCUGUUGCUCGGGGACUAUGCCAUUGACAGGCGCCGCACCGAGGAGGUGGUGCUGGCUGCGCAUGGCUCUACUGCGCAUGAUGGGGGCAUCCUGCAGACGGUGGUGCUGCGGCCGCCGCUGCUCUACGGCGAGGGUGACCACGCCUUUGUGCCCGUGGUGCUGCGCCUCGCCAGGGCGGGGGGCGACAGGCUGCCAUCCAUCGGCAACCCCGGAGCCUUCCUCCAGAUCGCCUAUGUUGGUAACGUCGCCUUCGCCCACGUGUGUGCCAUGAGCACGCUCCUGUCGGGCAAGCAGGGCGGCCUGCAGGACUGCGGCGGCCUGCCCGUGUACGUGACGGACCACACGCCGCCCAACACUUUCUCCGUCCUGGCCGAGCCCUUCCUGGAGCACCUGCACCUCAAGCCAGCACGGCAGCUCCCCUAUUGGCUGGUGUACCUGCUGCUGCUGCUGGCGACGUUGUGGACCUACGUCUGGUCGCAUAUCGGGUUCGCGUGCCGCCCCUCCUCCAUGCCAACCUUCACCUUCCACCGCUAUGCCGGCUCCCCGAUGGUCAUCAGCAGGAUGCGCGCCGAGCUGUGCAUUGGCUACUCGCCGCCCUACUCUUGGCCCGAAUCGAAGCAGCGAGCAAAUUCAUUCUAUUCCAAAAAAUUAAUAUAGGCUCCAUCCCUCCUCCCCCUCCCUCUUUCACCCCCCGCCCGAAUCGAAGCAGCGAGCAAAUUCAUUCUAUUCCAAAAAAUUAAUAUAGGCUCCAUCCCUCCUCCCCCUCCCUCUUUCACCCCCCGCCCGAAUCGAAGCAGC